AUGGCGUCAACAUUCACUCGAUCCCAGCUAGAAGCAUACCUGCAGCGCAUCGGUUAUGCAAACUCUGCUUCUGGGCCAGAAUGCCCCCGACUGCAUCAACUCCAGGCAUCAAUCGAACAAGACGCUCUGAAAGCGUUAGAAGAACUGCAACGCCGACAUAUUUCAUCUAUUCCUUGGGGAAAUUCGGCCAUUCACUACUCUCAGCAUCAUAGCAUCUCCACGUACCCGUCGGCGGUGUUCGAGAAGCUGGUCGUUCGCCGCCUCGAUGGGUAUUGCAUGGAAAACACCAACCUACUGUAUGUUGUUCUUCGGUCACUCGGCUAUCAGGCGUACCCCGCAGCAGGAAGGGUAUCGAACGCAGCAGCGGACCCAGAGAAUGCCGGCUCUGAAGUUCGAUAUGGUUCUUUAGGACAUAUGGUGAUUAUCGUUGGUAUCAGUAAUCAAAAGUAUAUGGUCGACGUGGGGUUUGGGAACAAUGGACCAACAUCUCCAUUGCCGCUCUUAAGGAACGUAUCAGGGGAUCUCAUCCCACCAGCACAGAUGAAAUUAGACAAAACGCCUCUCCCCGAAGCAGUCGACCAGAGCCAGGAAUUCUGGGUCUAUAGCGUCAGGUACGGGCCGGACAAAGACUGGGCGCCUAUGUACGCAUUUGCCGAGACCGAGUUCCUACCGCAAGAUUUUGCCAUGAUGAAUUUCAACACCAGCAAAGGAUCCAGCAGCUGGUUUACGCAGAGGGUUGUCUGCGUUAGACACAUUUUGGGCGACGAUGAGAGCUCCAUCAAAGGCCUGUAUGUUAUGGCUGGGAAGCAGGUGAAAAGACGAGUACAUGGACAGACGGAGAUUGUGCAGACUCUGGAGAAUGAGAACGAUAGAGUGGAGGCCCUUUCGAAAUGGUUUGGUAUACAUCUCUUGGAUCAUGAAGUUGCUGGGAUUCAGGGUCUAGUGUCUGAAUUGAAGUAG